AUGUUAAUUCAAUGUGAGGGAUUGGAAGAAAGUGAAGCUCAAGAAAAGCAAUGGAUUGAAGCGGGAAGAACAUUCAGCGGUCCGAGUAGUGUUGAGAAGUAUGCUAAAGGAACACUAGACGCUGCGUAUGAGUCGAUGCGAGCCUUGUUUGUGAUUCAUGAUGUCCUCGGUGGGCAGAGUAGUGUCUGGUGGUCGUUCUGUCACCGAGCUUUCUCAACUUCGAUCACCAUAGCCCGUCUAUUGAAGAUGCGUGACAGCGCGAAAGAACUUCAGAAUAACUCCGAUGCAACUUCGUCUAGAAGUUCAAGUCGCCCCAAACGAAACAUCUCGCUGGAUCCUCUCUGGGAACGGGCACGAACCGAUGUCCAUCGUAUGCUUGAACUACGUCUGAUUCCGACUGAUUCUGGCGAUCAAGCUGCCAAAACUCGAGUAGAGGUUUUGAGUAGCUACUUGUGAUUUUAGUUGACCGGUAUACCCAUGGAUAUAUUCUACACUUAAUACUCAGGGGUGGCAACUGUGUAUAUACAUCUAAUCUAGCUACAUUGAUCAACCAAAGACAAACCGUCUCCAGUUCUCCGCUAGUAUUCUGGUUCCGUCCUCAAGAGACCAACCCUUCACACGACACACUGUCCUCACAACCUCCUCCAAAAGAUCAUCCAUUCGCUUUCCAGCAGUAUGUAGGUCG